CAUUGCAGGGACGUGGAGCUGGUGGGAUCACACCAUGGCCUGGGUCCCUCUCCUCCUCGCGGUGCUCGCCCACACCUCAGGUUCCCUGGUCCAGGCAGCGCUGACUCAGUCACCUCCGAUGUCAGUCAAAGUGGGAGACACCGUCAAGAUCACCUGCUCUGGGGGUAGCAACAACUAUUAUGGCUGGUACCAGCAGAAGGUCCCUGGCAGUGGCCCUGUCACUGUGAUCUAUGCCAAUAGCAACAGACCCUCGGACAUCCCUUCACGAUUCUCCGGAUCCAAGUCCGGCUCCACGGGCACAUUGACCAUCACUGGGGUCCAAGCUGAGGACGAGGCUGUCUAUUUCUGUGGUAGCUGGGACAGCAGCAGUGGUGGCUAUGGUAUAUUUGGGGCCGGGACCAUGUUGACCGUCAAAGGUGAUGGCCAGCCCGAUGUCGCUCCCACCAUCCACCUCUUCCCGCCACCCUCCGAGCAGAUCUUGAAGGAGAACAAAGCCAUUGUGGUGUGUCUAAUGGAGGACUUCUACCCCAGCACUGUGGAAGUGGAAUGGGUGGCUGACGGCACCACCCUCACAAGCAAUGUGGAGACCAGUCAGCCCGUGCGGCAGAGCAACAGCAAGUACAUAGCCAGCAGCUACCUGUCACUGGAUGCCAGCCAGUGGCAAAGUUACAACUCAGUCUCCUGCAAGGUCAAGCACGAGGCUGGCAAUGUGGAGAAGACAGUGAACAGAUCCGAGUGCCCCUAAGCCCAUUGGGACCUCCUCACACCCACCGGCCCUUUGCUGGCUCCCUCCCUCCUCCCCACUUCUGGGGACAGCGGCUCCCCGCAGCUGCACACCUCGCUCCCCACAUCCCCCUGUCCCCUGCUCCUGUCCCCCACUAUGAGUGUCAGAUGAAUAAAAACCGACACUGAACUAGUGCUGG